UUUUUUUAGAACACAUUUUUUUAAGCAUAUUUUUCCUAAAUUUUGAAGAAAUUAUAGUAUGAAUAAGAAGUCAGUUUCUGAGAAAGAAAUUGAAAAAGCACGUGUUGAAAGACAGUGGAAAUCUGUAAAAACAUUAAUCCAGUCAUUUAAUGUUAAAUCUACAGCAGGGUUAUUGACUAAAGAGGAAGUUGAUCUAUUUCGUUUAUUUCAUCUUGGUGAAGUUGAACUAGAAGACUUCAUAGAUCAUCAUUUCUUUCCAUUUAAAAAAAAAAUUUUAAAAGAAGAACUUGAGCAAGCAAAAAUUUAUUUAGAUCAAGUAAUUAAUGAAGGAGAAAAAGUAAAAUCAAAAUUGCCUCAGUUGAUUAUUGAUUCACAUUUACUUAUUGCAAAAUAUCAUUAUGUUAUUGGUGAAUAUCAAUUUUGUAUCGACUCACUAAAUCAUGUUCAAUCAACUUCAAUAGACAAACUAUCUUCUCGUAGUAAACAUUUGUAUGCAGAAGCAAUGGUUUGUCAAGCAUUAUCUUCAGAGAAAUUGUUUUCAAUUGGUAGCCAUGAUAACCUAAUAGCUAUGUAUGAAAAUGCUGGUCAAAUUUCACUUGCUGUUUUGUUAGACGAUGAGUAUAAAAGUAGCCCAGCAUCUUGUUUAAUGAAAUAUGGGGUGCUGAAGUUUCCACAUUUUUUAUUAGUAGAAGGGUUUGCUGAACGAGCCAUGAUUGUAUUUCGGAAUCUUUUGAAAGUUGUUGAAGUUAAAUCAACUAUUCAAAUAAGAAAAGUUGUUUGUCGAAGACUGGUAGAAGUGUUGCUAGCGUUUAUUAGUCCUACUGCCUAUUUUUCUCCUCAAAAAGAGACAAUAGAGUCAUCUACUGAUAUUACACAUGGCCAACUUAAGGAUAAUGCUGUCAGUCUCUACACGCCUCCAACUCAGACCACCGAGUGCUUGCUAGCAAUACUCCUUUAUCAAAAUAUGAUCAAUCAAGCAUCAUUAAUUCGAGAAGAUACAAGCAAAAUAAUAAGUGAAAUAAAAAUUAUGUUUAAUUUACUAUCAUUGACUCUACUUAAUCAUAAUGAGUACAACUUUUUGUUACAGACAAUGGAAAAGUCAAUGAAAUUAUCAUAUGGAGAGUACCAAAUACUGUUUCAGUUCUCAGUGGCAUUAAUGCUGUCACAACGAUAUCUGCAAGCAUUUCUUAUGUUGGAACAAUGUCAUCAAAUUCAACCUGCAAAUGAAAAAACACUUUUACUUUGCAUUAAGCUUUGUAUCAAUCAUUUACAAAAGUAUAAAGAGGGAGUAGCAUAUGCUGAAAAAUUAUUUAAUGUUGCACAAACAGACUUAAUCAAAGCAAGUGCUUUAUUGGCUGUUGGUGUGUGUAACCAUCAUUUAGCUUUAAAAGCUUCAUCUACCAGUGAGCACCAAAAAUAUCUUAAGCUCUCAAUAGAAGCAUUAAGCAGAGGACAUCUUCUAGAUCCAAAAGAUACUGAAAUUUUGUUUCAUCUCGCAUUAAAUCAAGCUUUGUCUAAACAGCAUUCUACAGCAGUAAAUACAAUAAAGAUGGCAUUAAAAAUUAAUUGUAUGGAUUAUCUUUCAUUGCAUCUGUUUGUUCUAUUACUUACUGCUGAAAAAAAGUAUGAAGAAGCAUUAAAUAUAUUGGAGACUGCAAUUGCAGAAUAUCCUUUAGAAUUAAGCUUGUUAAUAACCAAAGUAAAAGUUAUACAAAAAGUACAUAGCAGUCAAGCUGCUUUGGUAGUUUGUCAACAUAUGCUUGGUGUGUGGAAUGAUCUGUAUCACAAUGAGGAUGAAGGUGACUUUACUGUUAUUGACUGUUCUGUUGAUUUACCAAAAAGUCCAUCUACUAAAACUGAAAAGUUUGGAUUUAAUAAAAAAGCUGCUCUUCCAGAAACACUCAGUAUUAGAGAAGCAGAUGAUCUAGAAAGUAUUGCAACAUCUACGCAAUAUGAAACAACUGUUUCAGAUGCAGCCUCAGGUAUGUACUCGGUGGUUGCUGGGUUCGAAUCUUCAGGAGCUGCUGCUUUGCUAUGCAAGUUGUGGCUUAUUACAGCUGAGUGCUUCAUAGAGAUUGGUGAUUCCACACAAGCAUCAGGCUGUCUCCUUGAAGCUCAUUCAAAGUUUCCUCUUUCACCAGAUGUUUUAUAUAUGCGUGGUAGGUUAAGUGAGUUGCUUGGAAAUAAUCAACAAUCCCGAAUUAAUUACGAAAGCGCUCUUGCUGUUCAACCUGAACAUAAGUCUGCAGCCCAAAGAUUGGGAAUGAUGUAUUUUGAUGAAGGAGAAUUAUGUUUGGCAGAGAAAACUUUACGUAGGUGUGUUCAAAAAGAUACUACCAAUCAUACGGCGUGGAAUGACUUAGGCACUGUGUUGGAAUCUUGUGGUCAAUAUAAUGAAGCGGCUAGUUGUUACGUGAUAUCUCUGCAGCUUGAAUCCACAUCACCUAUAAUACAAUAUACAUCUUUGCCACGCUUUUUUAAAAUUUGAUAGGAGCAGUUUUUGAAUCGUAUUUUUAUAAAAAGAAAGAUUUAAUCUUAGGUGUAAUUAUAUUUUAUUAAUUUUUUUAUUUUUAUUUCUUUUAAGUUGUUCAGCGUUGUUUUAAUUUUUUUAUGUUUAAAAUAAACUUUUUUUUAAAAUAUGUAAUUACCAUUGCACUUUAGUACUCUAAUAAAUUACGACGUGUUUAAAUCACAACAUGUAGAGUUUUAAAACUAUUUAUUUUUGUUCAUAUCUUAAAUGAUCUUAGAAAUGUAAAAUAUUUUCAGA